CAUUGACUGAUUCACACUUUACUUAACGACUAUUUAUUAUUGAAACCAAUUAUUUAUAUAUUAAGAAACGUUUAGUCAAAUCGAGAGGACAUGUCAUCCCAAACGUCAUCAAACGUGGAGAAUCUGUCGCCACAAGUGAUCCGUCAGGUGUCCAAAGAGUUGGCACAACUCGUGUCCAAUCCGUUGGAAGGCAUUCGCCAAACGUCAUCAAACGUGGAGAAUCUGUCGCCACAAGUGAUCCGUCAGGUGUCCAAAGAGUUGGCACAACUCGUGUCCAAUCCGUUGGAAGGCAUUCGCGUUUGUCUUAAUGAAGAGGACGUGUCGGACAUUCAGGCGGUGAUCGACGGACCCGCCUGUACGCCUUAUUUCGGUGGAUGUUUUCGCGUGAAACUGAUUCUCUCCAAAGACUUCCCUCUCUCGCCUCCGAAGGGAUUCUUUAUCACCAAAAUAUUUCAUCCAAACGUCUCCAGGAAUGGAGAGAUUUGUGUCAAUACACUCAAAAAGGAUUGGAAAUCAGAUUUAGGAAUAAAACACAUUCUUCUGACCAUUAAGUGUCUGCUAAUCGUUCCGAAUCCGGAGUCUGCGCUCAACUCAGAGGCCGGCAAAAUGCUAUUAGAACAUUACGACGAUUACUGCAAAAGGGCUCAAAUGAUGACAGAAAUUCACGCCUCAAAGCAGAUGAAGGACUGUUUCGACGCCGACGUGUCCAACGCGUGGUGCAGUCAGUCAUCAGACUCUGUGCGCCGAUUGGUUGAGAACGGGACGGACAACGAGACGAGCGGCGGACCGAUACUGAAACGGCACGCGAACGACAAGAGUGUCGCCAAACCGAUGGCCACUUCAUUGACGCAAAAAAAGUCUAAUAUUAAAGAUAAGAAACGAACUCUAAAGCGAUUGUAGUUUAUGAUUACAUUUUAAGACAAAU